GCCGAGUCCCGGGCCCCAGUCCUCGGGCCGGUCCUCGGGCACAGCCGGCCGAGGGGCGGCCAGGGGCCCGCCGGGGGCAUGGACGGCGCGGCCCUCGCCCUCCAGGCGCUCUGCGUCUGGCUCACCCUGGUGCUCACCCUGGUGCUCCUGCCCUCCGUCUGCGGCCUCUCCCUGGGCAUCUCCGAGCUCUACAUCAGCAGCCUCGUCCGCCUGCUGGAGUGGGCCACGCUGCGGAUCGAGAGAGGGGUCCACAAGGCACCGAGGUCUAAAACUUCCGCUUCCGUGGGUAUCAUCCAGAGAGAUGAGUCGCCCAUGGAGAAGGACACCGAAGGGCCGAGGCGGGGGGACUUUGAGCUGUCGGACGUCUUCUAUUUCUCCAAGAAGGGAUUCGAAGCCAUCGUGGAGGACGAGGUGACCCAGCGGUUCUCCUCCGAAGAGCUGGUCUCUUGGAACCUCCUGACCCGGACCAACGUCAACUUCCAGUACAUCAGCCUCCGCCUGACGGCCGUCUGGGUCUUGGGGGUCGUGGUUCGCUACUGUUUCCUGCUGCCUCUCCGAGUUACCUUGGCCUUCAUUGGGAUCAGCUUGCUGGUUGUUGGAACAACCUUGGUAGGCCAACUGCCAGACAGCAGGGUCAAAAGCUGGCUCAGUGAACUGGUCCACCUGACCUGCUGCCGGAUCUGUGUCCGAGCUCUAUCUGGCACGAUUCGCUACCACAACAAGCAGUACCGACCGCAGAAUGGAGGCAUCUGUGUGGCCAAUCACACGUCCCCGAUCGACGUCCUCAUUCUGACGACGGACAGGUGCUACGCCAUGGUGGGCCAGGUGCACGGCGGGCUGAUGGGGCUGAUCCAGCGUGCCAUGGUCAAGGCCUGUCCCCACGUGUGGUUCGAGCGCUCGGAGAUGAAAGAUCGCCACCUGGUCAUCAAGAGGCUCAAAGAACACAUUGCGGAUAAGAAAAAACUGCCCAUCCUAAUAUUUCCUGAAGGCACCUGCAUCAACAACACGUCGGUCAUGAUGUUCAAAAAGGGAAGCUUUGAGAUCGGGGGAACCAUCCAUCCCGUUGCGAUGAAGUACGACCCAAAGUUCGGCGACGCCUUCUACAACAGCAGCAAAUACAACAUGGUGAGCUACCUGCUGCGAAUGAUGACCAGCUGGGCCAUCGUCUGCGACGUGUGGUACCUGCCACCCGAGACCAGAGAGGAGGGUGAAGACGCCGUGCAGUUUGCUAAUAGAGUCAAGUCCGCCAUCGCUAACCAAGGAGGACUGGCUGAACUUCCGUGGGAUGGAGGUCUGAAGAGAGCCAAGGUAAAAGGUUCCUUCAAGGAAGAGCAACAGAAGAACUACAGCAAGAUGAUCGUCGGAAACGGAUCCAUCGAUGCGGAAUCGGAUUUUUUGGAAGAAACUUAGGCUUCCCGGGACUAGCCCCUAGUAGAAAUAGCUCUUCCUCCUCUUGUUUGAGGCUUUUCUACUAGGUGAGUGUCUAUACCUUCAUGUGCCUGAGGUAGAACUCCCAAACAGACUUUGCAACAGGACACUACUAGUAAAUUAUGUAAUUCACAGUUGGAAAGAUUCCACCCCUCGAAUCUGAAUGCCUAAAAUAGGUUCCCUCCUCGGAGAGCAAGAGUGGAAAAGGAUGACAUUCAAGUUUCUUCAAGCAUUAAGAAUUCUUCGUUUACAACGACUUAGAAAACUUCGCUUCUAUUUUUUUUCUCGUUCUCCCUCCUGCUCUCUUCCAUAAACAGCCCUGCUCCUCAGUAGAGUUCUCAGGUGUGAUGCCACCAGUGAAUUUCCUGCUUAUUUCUCGGAGAAAAAAGAAGUGAGCCCACUACUGCUUAAGGAGGGAUAAAUUGAGAGAUUGGAAGAGAAGGUGGGGGGGGGGGGUCCUCUCUGUAUCCCUCCAACAUCCCCAAGCAGAGCACGUGAACAAAACCGAGAUUUUUGUUUUUGUUUUUCCUUGAGAUUUCUCUAGAAAAGUGUGUGGUGACCUGAAUGACUUGGUGUUUGAAACUAGAGCAGGGCGAAGAGGUAGCUUGGAGCUUUUUCUAUGUGCACGUCUCUCUCUCUCUCUCUCUCUCUCUGUACUUGACUCAGUGACCCCACCUUUUGCUGCUUGUUGGAGCCAGAAGUAGAAAAAGGAAGGAGUGAACAGUAAUCUCAUUAGGAGUAUAGAUAUGCAAAGAGUAGGAUGUGUGAAUACAUGCAUUUCAGAACUUUCUUCUCUCAGGAGAGGCAGGAAGGAAUAAAAUAUGCAAACUGAGCUUUAUCCCCGCCCCCCACCAAAAAGAGAGAAAAACCAGAAAGUUUUCUUCCCUCCUCAGCCUAAGCAGUGUGUGGAUGCAAUACCCAAUGCCGUCCACAAGUAUUAUACAUCCCUUCCAGAUAACCGUGUACAGGAAGUUCAACUGUGUUGUAUGCAAAAAUAAAUUCUAUAUUUCUAAGUGCG